AUGACAACAACAGCAGCAAAUUGGUCUAAUUUUGGGCCACUGACUACGACCUUCACCCCGUCUCCUGAUUGCUUUACCGAGAAAUGGAUUCGACAAACGUCCGUGACUGCGAUUCUCAGCUGGGGGGAAUUCUGUACCACGAGUGAUUCAACAGCUGAGCUCUCCGCUGCACCUUCAUGCUUCCCGACAGGCAUUUUUAAUGCGCAGAGCAGCGUCACAAACUGGGGGACUAUGAACGAAGUAUUUUCACCUGGAUACUAUUGUCCCUACGGCUGGAGUGCUGCCUACAACACAACUUAUGGAUCUGGAUAUGGCUGGUACAAUCUUGGCGCUCAAUCUGUGACUCUAGGGACCGAUGAUAUAGUGACGGCAUGUUGUCCGGAAGGAUAUCACAUAGGUACUACGGCUUGCCUUAAAUAUUCAACGACUGUAGGCGAUCGGCCUAGUAUUGGAGCUUACAACAACGGAUCGUGUGUUACAAGAACUAUCGGCACUUUCACUGGCGCCAUUGGAACAAAUACAGGGGUGACAGCCACAUUUGAAGCUCCUGCUCUCUUUUUGCUUCGCAAUACAGCGUCCUCAACAUCUACCGCAUCAUCAGCGACGCAAACAGCUGGCUCCUCCAGCAGCAGCACAAGCUCAGGUCUAUCUACAGGAGCGAAGAUUGCCAUUGGAGUAUGCAUUCCGGUGGUAGUAUUAACCAUAGCCGCCGUAUGCUUCAUUAUCUGGCAUCGACGCAGAAAGUCAAAGUCUGGGCAUGUUGAUGUCGAUGUACCACCUACUCUGCAAACUCAUGAUCUCGGCGGCAGUGGCGGCGGCAUACAAUCAGAACUGGAUUCGGGCACGCCAGUCGUGUCGGAAAUAGCGAAUUCGCCACAUGAGAUGUCAGAUACAACGAAGACGCCAUAUGAAAUGACUGGCGACCAACUAUUUGAAGUAGAUGGAGAGCAUCGAUGGGAAUUGGCUGGUGAUUCGAUAAUGACUUCUGCAGUGAAAAAGCCUGGAAUGUCUCAAUAUGAGCCAGCGAAAGAAUUAAUGUAG